AUGUUGUUCUACGCAGACAAUUUGGGAGCGGCCGACGAGGAAAUUCUCGAUCCAUUUGAGCAGUUUGCCGCCGAUGCCCAUUAUUCUCAACUUGUGCAGGAGACGUUGGUGCGGAGCACUGUCGAACGCCUUCCGGAAAUCCAUAUAGGCCACGUGCACAGUGUGCUUUGCGUCCAGUGCUCUUGUCCAACUUUGCAUUGUGUAUAGCAAUUUCGUUACACAUGAUCUUCCCCUACGGAAACCAUGUUGUGCAUUGGACAAGAGGUUGUGGCUUUCCAGAUAAGUCAUCAACUCCUUCUUUAUGGUUUUCUCCAUCACUUUACAGCAGAUUGAUGUCAGACUGACGGGUCUGUAGUUCGUCGCAAGAGCACGACUACCGAUUUUGUAAAGGGGUGAAACGUGGGCCGUCUUCCAGUCUGUGGGAAGGAUUCCAGCAUCAAACGAUUCCUGGCACAGAAAGGAUAGUGGUUUGGCUAGCUCUUCGGCAAGCUCGAAAAGCAACUUUGCUGGGAUCUCGUCCGGACCGGGAGAUUUACAUUCCCUCAAGCUUUUUAAUUCUUCGAAAAUCGCUUCUUCUCGAAACACUAUAUCUUCGAUGGUGGGAUCUCCCAUUUUCUCGGAACUAGUUGGAAUAAAGUCUGCUUCUCUAGUGAAAACGGAUUGGAAAAAUUGAGAAAAAAUGCUCAGCUUUAUUUGUACUGUCCGAUAUUUCCAAACCGUCAUCAUUCCUCAUGACAAGAAUGGGAUUCCUGUUACGUGUGUUUUUCCGCAAAUAGCUGUGGAGCAAUUACGGAUUUUUAACGGCUCGGUGAAGCAAACUACUAUCGAAAUCCCGUCGCCUCCAGAAAAUCAGGUUUUUCACCUUAUUUCUUUGGAUUUUAUAUGCCGUAAACGCUGCAAUGUUGCUGUUUUCGCGGAAUAUCUUCCACAACCUUCCAAAUCAAAUGAGCCCCAACAACUUCUCAGUCCGUUGAUUGACGAGGAGGAGGCCAACAAGCAUGCUGGCAAUUACGACGGCCAAAAGGGAGUCAAAGGUGACACGAGCCCUUGGGCGGUCAAUCGCGGAGAGGUCUAUGCUGAUCGGCGCGAACGGGAAGGCCAUACUUCGUGCCUUGUGCACGGAUAUAAUGCCAGGUAGGCAUCAAAGUUGAGAAAAUCAAGACCAGCAGGAACAGCCAACACACUAAUCUGAUGACGGAAAUGAGAGGGCUUCCGAAACGUUAGUUCCAAUACGGUUUGGUUUUUGAAUUCGCGCUCUCUUCUUCUUCGUCUUCUUUGGGGGAUGGUGAACGCAAUACAUACAUACAUGCAUACAUGCGUACAUGCAUAUAAGGGUGUGAAUUAUUAGCCAUAAUUACGUUCGUCAAGCAGUUCCGCCCUUACCUACUGGGCAAUUCUUCUGAUGUGUGCUGUGAUAAAAAGACCAUAAAAUGGCCGCAAAGUGCCAAGGACGCGCACGGUCAACUAGCCAAAUAGCAAGUAAUCUUACAGGGGUAUACCUUUAAUUGCACAUAACCCCCGGACAAAAAAUGCUAAGGCAGAAGCCCUCUUACGAGGCUCCAUAGACCUAGAUACUAUGGAAUGUCACACACUGCUGGAUGACGCCAAAGUCUUCUUCACAGGUGAACCAGUCUGGCACCACUGGGCAGUGCUUCAGAACAGGGGUAAAAACGCAGUAAUAAUAUACGAUCAUUUACUGCACGGAAGACACCCACCUACCGAUAUCGAGCUACGCGGGUAUUCAGAAACUGCUCACGCGCUCCUUAGUCAAUGGCCCCAAAUGUUUAUAGACAGCAACAUCCUGUUUUUCAGAGAUGCAAUAACCAAGAAAACACGAGUAGUUGUGCCUGGGGGCAUCGUCCAACCGCGCCGAGUUGGGCCAUUUAGGAUAAAAUAAAACUGAGGCAGCAUCUCGACAACGGUUUUGGUGGUCACAUCUACACGAACAAGUGGCCACCUAAUGGAACACUUACAGUACCUGCGCUUCCCUUGUCACCUCAGCUGCAGAGCCGCGGAUAUCUCCAGCCGAUGUUCAUGAGCUUUCCAUUCCAACGUCUCAGACUUGACAUCGUGAACUCUCUGCCAUUUACCACAUCAGGCAAUGGAUUUAUACUAGUGAUGGUUGACUAUUUUACUAAAUGGGCGGCGGCGGUGCUCUUGUUACGGCAAGAUGCAUCAUCAGUGAUGAGAGAAAUUUUCAACGAAUGGAUGUACUGUUUCGGAGUAACGUUGUCUGUCCGCUCGGACUGCGGGGUCAACUUCAACAACAAACUUCUUCAGGACGCCAUAUACUAGUAGUCUGGUCGCAUCUCCCUUCCCCCAUGUUCGGAUGGACUCUGAUGAAUGUAACAGACCGCAUCUGGGUUCUUGUCGCCUCGAGACUGGUUGUCAUCGUGCCCUUACAGAAUGCGCUCCAUCGGCGGUCUUGACAAAGCUUUCUAUAUUCGCCAUAUACUAGUAGUCUGGUCGCAUCUCCCCCCAUGCUCGGAUGGACUCGGUUGAAUGAAACCGACCGCAUCUGGGUUCCUAUCAGCUCGAGACUGGUUUUCAAUUUCGCCACUUAUUUUUCUUAUUCAUGGCGAUACAGGCCAGUCCUGACCGACCCGCCUACGUACCAUUUUAUGAAAUUCGUUACACAAUGCCAUAUACAGCUGACAUUUAUUUCGGCCAUGUUGAUGUCGGACUAUAUUCAAUUCUGUACCGCCACAUGCAUGCCAGUCCUCCCUGUAUUUUUCUGAUGCUAUUUUUCUGAGGUUUUUUUUUUCUCCUGUUAAAUUACUACAAUCAUUUUUAAAUUUUGCUUUGGAGUUUUUUUUCACCCCUCGUUUUUUCAUUUUCAUUUUGCUUAACGGACUUCUAAUCUCAAAAACUAUGUAUUGCACUUUGUACAGAUUUUGCCUACCUCGUCUAAAAUUCGCAUGUAAAUUUAUUUUUACUUGCUUUGAUGGGACCCCGACGGUCUUUAAUAAAAUAAUUUACGUGUGCAACCUACAUAACACUUACAAGACUCGCACAACACCUGCCUCCGGAAGAAAACGGAAAUGUCGUGAGAACAAACCGAACAGUGAUCCAGCUAUUGCGGUCAUUCGCUGAGUCAAAUCACCCACACGACUGAGACAAAAGGUGCCAACUCGUAGGACCAGGCCACAUUAGUUAUAUUGAUCGUGCGAGUCAGCGAAUAUACAUAAGAAUACGAGGACACCUGCCGUCAUAGCUGAGGAAAGGUAAAACUAAGAGUAUUCACAGCUCUACCUCAAACACGUGUUUAAUUCUGGACAUCGUGCGAACCCCACCGUAGCCUUCCGUGUAAUCUACAAGGUCCCACCUAACUAUCCAAAGUGUCUGAGUCAGCGCUUACUAGUAACAGUUGAAGUGACUGCCAUCAGGCUACGAAGACCGGUCCCAGGGGCGCAGAAGAACCUCUUACCCGCUCCGUGUCUACCGUGGCCGAAGAUAGAUUAAACACAUGCAUGUUUCCACGUCCCCAUCCAGACUUCCAGAUGACAUGGCUCGACUUAACCCAUACUGUCACUUCCUACCUCCUCUCCCCUAUUCACACACCCCGGUUGUAUGAAGAGACGAACUGUAAUCAAUUUCUCUUACUACUCACAAUCUUUAGUUUUUGCCUCUUUCCCAUAUACAUGUACUGACUCAAUUAGAAUUCAUUGAAAACACGCGUAUGCUCGCCAAACGGCCUUCUGAAUUGUUCCAUGCGAAUUUUCGCAACUCCAGAACUACUAUCAUUGUUCUCCACUUUCUCUAAGAAUCCUACCGCUCGCCUAAGUAAGCUUACGUCUAGAAAAAAUGGUGUUUUGUUUUGAGCUGAAAAGUCUCACAGAGUUGUGCGGGAGAGUAAUGCAUCAAUCGGCAGCUUGGUAUCGGGCCAUUGCAUCUCGGAGCACUAUGCCUUUGACACUUCCAAACUAUCCUCAAGAGUACUCUUUAAUUUUGAUGAAACCACUGUUUAUUUUGACCGUAGGAAUUAAAGAAUGCAUGUUUUGGAACUUCAUGCGGACAUUUGCUGAAACUAUUCUACAAUUUUUAGAGAACCGAAUAACUAAAUUCUUUAAUUUUUAGAUCCAUUCAUUGCUUCCCAUAACUUGGUAUGAUUUGUAUCAUGGUUGUAAAAGACCCCUCUUAGUCUUCUCGUUCACUUUUCUCCUAGUCCCUAAGGGGGACUCCAAUGUUGCUUGGCGUACUGGGGUAUUUACCUUACCGAAAAUGAAAAUCUAUAUUUUUUGUAUGAAUCGUUUCGUUGAUUCGCAACCCUUAUAAAUCAUAAUGCUUGGAGUUGGUUAUUUUCGUCGUGACUAUGCCAUCUCAGAUUGCACAUCCCCUGCUCCAUGUCGUCUCCAGGCAGUUAUUCAGAUCACCAGUCACGCAUAACUCCGAAGGUCUAAGCUGCCUGCACAGCAAUGGACAUGGACUAGUACAAUGCCUUCCUGUUCGCACGCAUGCCAGUUCUGUCCUUAAACACUUGACACACAUAGACCAGUCGCAGCCCUGGCACUGACCGGCAGUUCCCGAAAUCGCUUAAUUACGGGAGUAUUCAAGUCAGCCAGCGUGUGAGCACUUUCAUGGCUCGAGAAUACCAAGAAUAUGCCGGAAUAAUGCUGGUAUUUGCUACUCGAGUUGUUUACAACACCAUUAUACGCACGUGUAUAUGCAGAAUACCAUUACCGACAAAGAUAAGGGAGACUGGAAUGACCAUUUCUGGCGUAUUGGCCGCCGUCAGACAGUCAUGUCCAGCUCUGAGGUGUGGAACACCUGGGGCUCGAUCCCGCGCCCUGUUGUUUAGAAGUCCAACACCUCUAACCACUGAGCCACGGGUUCAUUGUCCUCUCGGUUGCCCCAGGUGUUCUACUCUUCGGGGUUGGGAAUGACUGGCCAACGACGGCUUAACGCUCCCGAGUUAUUGUGUACGUUAAAAGCAAGUUUGAAAUAAGAGAUUCAUUGCUAAGGCCCACACCCAGAUAGGAACAUGCAUAAAAAUCCAGUCAUGGUAUAGUCAUUCUACAGUUUAUACUACUACCAUGGGACUACCAAUCACGAAGCAGAGAAAAAAGUACACAGCCUCAAUUCGUUUACAUAUAUAUUUAAUGAAGUCAAAGGUGUUCUUUGGGGAAAGGAACUUUAUUGCGUAAAUUUUUGACGCCGGUUCCCCAGGUCGUUGCCAGACACAGACGGAGAGCAAAUUUGCCGACAAAAUUUAGCAUCUGGCAGUGCGCUUGAAGAUCGAUAAUUGUUCCGCACUUGCAGCAAUGGACAGUCGCUAUCUGUGUCAUUCUGUUCUGAUUGGCCCUCGUUUCUUCUAUUUUUCCUUGAGAAUUGUACGCGGCGUCCAACUCGAUGUGCCGGUUGAUGCACGAUUCAUCCGAGUGCAUGGCCUCGAGGAACUCUCGGCCAUUUUUUAAAGGGUAGACACCGACAAUCCGAGUUCUGUCUCGAGCAAAGGCGUGCCCAGUGCUUGCCUACUUGAGGCAGGCGGGCUCGCCUCUUCUGCCAGCUGGCGUUUGAAUGCGUGUAGAAGCGGAUUUUCCCGUUUGGCCGCAAGAAACUGCAUCACAUGUCCCACGCGGGAUCUUGUAGAUGACUUCCUUUUUAUCUAAAUAGCCAACUCUAUCGUUAGGGUGUACUAUCCGAGUGCGUAUAGUAGUCGUUAGUCUGUGGUCCUCUAUAACUUGUUGCUUUUUAGGUGCUUUUCAAGAAGUUCAGACAAGUUUUUAAUGUAAGGGAGAGUUCUCCAUGUACUUGGCCUCGAUGCCUAAUUGGAAGUACUUGGUUUCGUUUCUUCUGACCCUUUCUGUUCAUGCAUCGGCGCACAAAAUCCUUGGGGUACCCGCUCCGAGAAAAUAAUUCACAAAAGUAACUUAGUUCGGCUCGGUAGCCCUCUUCGUCCGAGCAGUGUGUUUUCGCUCGACUAAGCAGACUGUUGAUCGUACUCUGUUUGUGGGAAAUAGGGUGGUUGCUUUCAUAAUUCGUACUAGCAUCCGCAUAAGUUUCUUUGCGGUACACCGAUGUGCGUAGUGUUCCAUCAUUCUUCCGCUGUACGGGAAAAUCUAAAAAUGGGAGUUCUUUGUCAAAUCCUUUCUCGAGUGUGAAUUUAAUCCCCGGCAUUGUUGAGCUGAUAGUGUUUUGGAGCGUUUCCAGUUUAUCCUUUUUAACGAUCACAAAUGUUUCGUCUGCGUAUCGCAGCCAAAAUUUAGGGCCAACUAACGGAAGAGCCGUGGCCUCUAGUUUCUGCAUUAUGAUCUCGGCGAGGAAGCCAGGGAUAGGUGAUCCCAUUAGGGCUCCUUUCGGUUGUUGAUAAUACCAUUGGUCAAACGAAAAAUUAGUUCCCAUACACACAUCUAUGAGUUCCAGUAAGGCGGUAGCAGGAACAUCCGUGUCAUAGGACUCCAGGAGAUCCCCUGUGCAUUGUUUUGCCAAAUCCAGUGGUAUGGACGUAAAGAGCACCUUCGACUGCAACCCAUAUUUCUUGAGAUGCCUACCUUCCAAUACAUGCGUAUGAAUUACGACCGCAAUGUUUUGCAUGUUCCUAUCUGAGUGUGAACCUUAGCAAUGAAUUCGUUAUCUCAUGCUUGCUUUUAGCGUACACAAUAACUUGGGAGUGUUAAGUAGACUCCACGACCUUUGCAUAAGCGAUGAAUAUUCCAGGGUUUAGUGCGAGUAAAACAGGGGUUUCAUUAUUUGCCUGCCUUCUAACGUUUGCAAACCAGCGUGUAAUCGCACCAGGCAGAUUUCAGUUAAUUUUCAUCCACGUUGGAAACAAAGCCAAAGAGAAUUCCAAGCCGUGGGCCCGCCGCUACGACUUAUGUUUUGACCUUUCUUACUUUUCGAACGCUAUAGUUAGUUGACAAAGCGGUGGCCAAUGCGACGUAUUUACUUUGGGGCAGAAGACUGAUCUGUUGCAGGAAAUCGAGACGAAGGGCGCUACAUCAGGUGGUGCUCUCGAUCCCAGAAAUUGUUUCAGUGAUCCUCUUUCCGGCUGUGUUUCUAGGUGUUAGCACUCGUUACAGGCGAGGUUUUCUGCUGGGUAUACGGAAAUGAAUGAGACACUGUUGUUACAUAAUAUUUCAUGUUGCCUUAGGCCCUAACCUUGUUCAUUAAGUGAAUAAGGAUGUUUUCGUCAUUCAACCCCACAGAUCACGAUAAAAAUGCGAAAGUUUAGUAAGCGAGAAGGCAAUAACAAACGGUCUUCAUUAGAAAUGACGAGGCCGUAACCUUUUACUCACACUGAAGGCGGUAGUUUGACGACUUCUAAAGAACCCGAGUCCACAUUUUUGUUAUGCUAGCAUUUCCGGACUAUUUAAACUGUACUGAACAAGUUCACGAGGAGCAAUUUAAUUAAUAAGAACUCAUACUCUUCUAGGGACGAAUAGAUGCCACCCCAAAAUAGGCUUUCCGUGACAGGCGCCUUUGGGGUUUUAAGUAGCGAAAUGAGACUAUUAGGACGUAAACAGAUUUCAGGCGGAUGUCAGACACGCCAAGUACUCCCACAGUGCUUUUCUUAGCUUGCCUUGUAUAAGCGUCCACGUAAACUUCCCUAUACUAGUUUGUCGAUGAUUGACCUAAACGCUCCAGGCCGUCUCCUCAAACUACCGGGCCGUCUGACUAGGGAUAUUGCAGGGCAUUUCUAGUGUUCAUGCUGAUUACUGUUUGGUAGCAGAUGGUAGGUGGCGGCACAAACAUCACUUGGAGCAGAGCUGCCUGACCCGUUCGGCAUUCACGGUUAAAAACAGCUGUACGGGGAGCACAAAGGUUAGAGGCUUGGGAUGUCCUAUGAUAAAUUCGGCAAAAAGUGCAAUACGGGUGAUUAUCGGAAAUGUUAACCUUACUGUGCCUAAAACUGUAAAUUCUACUCCCUUAAGUUAAACGGCUUUCGUCUGUUUGCUUGCACAGUUUCAUUCUCCUGAUGAUUACCUCGAUCAUGGUUUCGGCGAGGCAAACGCAAUGCAUUUCUUGGGGUUCACUUAAAAGACGUUUUAAGGACUCUACCAGCUGCUUAUAAGCCGCAGAAGGCUUUGCUACACACUCUUAAGCCAAGAGUAAUAGUUAAAAUGGCCGUGAACUACAAACGCGGCGCCUAAGUGGGGCUGUACGCUUUUCCGCACCCAAUGGCCGGGCUUGCUUCGCCAUGAUAACUCAUACACUCAAGACUACAAAAUUCGUCGCAAAACGACUCCUUCGCGCGCAUUUGCGAUUUUCGAUGCUAUUUCUGGACUUUUUUUAUUUCGGUGGUACACCAUUCUCAGUUAAGUGUUUACUUUUGCAUUCAUUCUGAAAAUAAUUUGUCAUUUUUACCCUUUCUAAUUUCCUCACAGAAAUGAACGUCUGCACGUUCUCUUUCUCCCGAACUUACGCCCCUAAUGUCGUUGUAUCAUGUGAGGACUUUGUCUGCAUUCCCCGAGACCAGCCACUUACGUGGCUUCUUUCCAGGCUGAUUCUUACUCACGGAAUUCCGAAGUUUGCUGAAGCGGGUAAGUUUCAGGGACUUGUUGGAGAUCAGUAGAUUUCUCUGAUGCCCUCCAGGUUUUCAUUGAGGAAGAAGAGAAGAAAUUCUACGACAAGAGUGCAAGCAAGCUGUAUGACGAGUUUAUUGCUGAUGACUCGAAUGGAGAAAGAAUUGCCGCUGAACUAGAGACGGCUGUGGACGAAGUUGUUCAAUUUUCGAGAGCGAUGAUAUGCUCAUCUUUUUAGCGUACAACAUCGCGUCGUCAGUUGGAGUCUCUGGCAGACGAGGAGAUUUUUGGCCAAGCCUACGCAAGAAUAGUUCAGUCAGCUACUGCUAUGGAUUUAGUUCAACUUGAACACUCCUUCGCUGUGGCUGUCGAAACAGAAAUUAUCGAACGCAAACGGGCUCUCAAUGAUAUGCAAAAAAUGCACGUUUCCCAGUUUACUUUCUUACCUUAGUCAUAAUGCAUGCUGUGUGGUGGAAACCAGAAAUUUCCGUCAGCCGGCUUGAUUUAAGGGCCUUAUUUUACUUACGACGAUAUUUUACAAUCACCUGUUUAGUAAACAGGAAUUCGAACUAGGACCAGAAGUAUAUGAGCUUAUUUACAGGUUUUCGCUCCCUGACAGCAAUUAGUGUUCAGGGUUCUGGAUCGAUUUCACCACGAAGUCUGCAAAUGUGUCAUCCCCUUGCUCCUGGGGUCCUGGACCCGAUUUUUGAGAUCAUCAUCUUACGUAGAUAGCGAUCCUAUGCGUGGCAAACAACGGUCCCGAAUUUCUUUGAUGGCACCACUGAAAAAGGACAUAUCCGGCUUUGUUUUAUUUAUUUUGCUUAAAAUUCGACAUUGUAGGGAAAAUCUCAAGCAUAAUCUAGUUUACUUUACGGUCAUUUUGGGCUCUGAAAUCCAUUUUAUCUCUACAAACUCUCGAACAAGCUUUAUGUCUUUGACUUAGCUUAGCAAAAACUCCAUGUUAAGGAUUUCACAGAAGGCAGAUAGGUACACGAUCGUUUUCAGCAAACCAUCGUCAGGUCUAUACAGUUGCACAUAAAGUUAUGAUUACUUGGAGUAGAUAAUUGCACAUGGAGAGACAGAGGCAAGGAAUAAUAUAAUGUCCAUAACAGCAUUUUAAGUGACAGAGAAGGAAGGAGAAAAACUUAGAGAUCGUGGGGAUAAAGUGGGGCAGUUGUCACAGGGCUACAACAUGCCGAGGUCGGACCAGGAUAGCCGUUGAGCCUGUACCGGGGUCUGCGCACCAGAACUGUGAAACCACUAUUUUAUGCGGCAUUUGAAAAACCUUCUAGGGUUCCAAUCCAAACUCAUCCUCCGUUGAGUGUUCCAGGGUGAAAUUCGAGAUUGUUUUCUCGACUCUUAUACACUUAGCCUAGACGUGUUCCACACGGUAAACAUCGUGGGUUUCGACGGUCGAACUGUCAUACUUCCCCAUUCGUGUUGAUUUCCGAGAGACGCUUUCUUUGUUUGAACCCGAAGUGAAAAUGAAUCGUUUUCCCUCUCCAGCGAAAAAUUGGUGAACGCGUACACAUUAUUCAAUUUUACCGUUCUUCAUUCAGUCCGUUGUGUGCAUUGUUACGACAAAGCCGCCGCCGACAAUCGGUGUGCGGACGAUCUCUUUACUUUGUUUUUUUUAAUUUUUCCAUGAAAAUAUUAGCUAGAAGUAGUUUUUAUAAUGACUCCGCGACACCCCCGCCCGUCUUCUAGCAAAUAUGUCCAUUCAUUUGAAAUUUCAUUUUGAGGGUGCAGCCGAAUAGCAAUUUGGUCGAGGUGUCCAUCUGUAGUCUUUAUUUUAUCUCAUGCCCUGAGCAUAUUUCCACCAAUACUCAAUAAGUGUGGGAAACUUCUCAUGGGAGGAUUCAGAAGAAUAUUUGGCGAGCAAACGUAUGCACGCAAAAUAGUCUUCUAGAUACCCCGUAGUUUCUCAUGGAUGCUUGAGUCUUUUGCCAAGUUUACAAAACUAAAUCAGCCAUACGGACGAUGGGGAGAGAGAUGUGUCUAAAAAGACACCUCUGUUUAUGACGAAUUUACCAUGUUUAUUAUUCGAUCAAAUUUUACAUCACUGCCAACAGCUCUGCCACAUCAUCCAAAAAGUCGCCAUUUAUCACGCCGAAAACAAGUUGGUCGACUCAGGAUUAAUGAAAAAAGUUAGAGGAGGUAAAAAUUCAGCCCUAGUACCGACUCUAUCGGAAACUGUAAUGGAGGAAAGAGAACAUUUAGGUUAUUUCUGUCGGCUAUACCAAUCCAUCCACUACUAAUUUAACAAAUAAUCGUUAGUCCUCACGUGCCACACCCCCCCAGUUGCCUGACGUCAUUCUCAAAAGAAGAUCCAAACUUCACACUAAUUUCCUACACAACGGUCCAACCUUUGAUUUGGUGGCGCUGUUUCCAUUACAAAAAUCAGAGUUUGGAGAGCCAAAUUGUUUUGCAGGCGCAUUGGGGACUGCCUUAUGUCCAACGCGCUGUGGGUUGACUGUUCGAGCUAUUUGCAGGUAUAUCAGCCAGGUAUUUCGUUGCCACCGUGUCGUCAAGUUUAGACCCGAAUUGGACACGGCAUCAACCAACGUCGACGCAUUUUGCUAAUCAGUAAGUGACAUAUCCCCUGAACUAAUAACUGAAAUUCCGGAAUGUGUUUUAGACUAGAAAUAAUUACGUAGUUUGGAUUGUAAUAUUGAUUAUCGUUCAUCAUAAUCCGAAGAUAUUUCAGCCGCACCGGGUUGCUGACUUUUCAAUGCUCUCUUUUUCCGGUCGCUUGCAAGAAACACACUCGAUAAAAAUGUUACCUACGUAGUAUGACCUUACAUUGGUUUUCAUUGUCCAUAUAAAAUUAAAUAAUAUUUGUGAAAAACAUGCAUAAAGGGAGCCGUUCUUGUACCCAUUUAGCACUAAAUCACAUAUUCCUCGAGUGCUUCAUUCGAAGAAAAGGUAACAUGGGACUUUUAAAUUUUUUUUGUAGUUGUGAGAUGUUUUAAGACCCUAGAAUUUCCAUUCAAAUGGCAUCGUAUCUGUCCGUAUGUUAGCGCCCUCUUUAAGCCUACGGCGCGGUCUAUGCAUGUAUAUAUUGCAAAAUUUUAUGAGUUGAAUAUGGCGUAUACAGCAAUGUAUGAUUUUCUUUACAUGACAAGUAUACUGCCUGUAAGCACCCGACCGCCAGUAACAUGUCGAUAAUUUCAGUUGGCGUUCAAGGCACCGAUAAGCUUUGAAUGUCGGGUGGGGCUGCUGGCCGGGUUCGAGAGAGAGAGAGAGCCCAAAGGCACAACGGGACGAGUGAGUUCCGUAACACGAUCGGUAAGCGCCCUUCUACCAUUGUAUAUACCUGAUCGCAACUGACAGGACAACGAGCCCGUGGCUUAAUGGUUAGGGGCGUUGGAUUUCUAACCAAAAGGCCGCGGAAUCGAGCCCCAUGUGUUCCAUGUGGCUGACGACGGCUAAUAAGUCGGAAGUUGCCAUUCCAGUCGCCCUAGUUUUUGUCGGUAAUGUUACUCUACGUAUGUCUAUAUAUGUGUGUGUUUGAAAUAGGUUAGAUUCUUUUUGGGACAGAAUAAUCCUUAUUGCGUAAAUUUUCGAGACUUGUUCCCCAGCCCAUAGUCAGACUUCUGGGUUAUGUACAAAAACAGUUAACUAUUUAACCGCGUCAAACUAGUGAUUCUGCGGUUGGCCGAAGUUUGCGCCAGUGCGCGUCGAUAGUUCUUCGCCACCUCCAGGCAAUGGCUGCGCUCGCUUCUAUUUUUUCUUGAGGAAUUUGUAUGUGACAUCUAAAUCGAUAUGCCGAUUGAUGCAUUCCUCGUCUGAGUGCAUUGGGUAGGUUCAUUCACCUUAUUUCUGUGUGUAAUCAUUUGAUAUACUGACUUCAAUUCACUGAUUUAUGUUAUUCGGUUCUUAUCGAUGUUUUUAUUGCAUUUUGUUAUUAAUAAAUGCGGUUUCGUUAAUACAAUAUAACGGGAGCAGCAGGUGAUAGUGAAUUCUCGAUUUCCAAUAAAGUGUUUAUAGGUAACCAUGCGGUAAUGCAGCAGUUAUGCCAAAACCAACCAGAAUCUUAAACCAAGUUUCUAUCGUGCAUCACCAGCUAGGACAAUAAUCCAAUACCAGAGACAGAAGUUUGAAGAAAGCGGAAACUUAUACGAUCAGGAAGACCGUCUGACUAAAUCCUGACAGAAGAGGUGAGGAAUUUUGUAAAAGAGAUUGAUGGCACAAGACAAUGAGAAAUUGCACGAGCAUGUUCUGUUUACAGGUAUACCAAAAAGGAGAAAAUAGAACCUUUCAAGUACUCUUUGGAUCAAGCAUUAACAGAAGAUGAUCCCGGUAGCAGAAUUGAAUUCUACUCCUCGGUAGUCGACGAAAACAAUGUCGAUCCACAUAGACCGAUGAAAUUUCGUCUUAUCUAAACGAUUUUCUAAGAAAACACGACUGAAACGUUUGAAAGUUUGGUUGGUUUUGGCCCAACUCUGGUGCACUAUUGCAUGGCUAACUAAAGACACUAUCGGAAAUUGAAAAUCCGCAAUCACCAGCUGCUUCCGUCAUAUUGUAUUUACGAAACAUUAUUUGUCUACAAAUAAGAAAGUGUGAUAAAAACAUUAAUAAGGGAUAAAGGACAUCAGUUAGUGGUUCGAAUUCACUAUAUCAAAUGAUUAUACAUGCGGACAAGUGAAGUCGACCUGUCUGGUAUAUAGAGGCAGACCUAUGAAUUGCACGGUAUAUUUGGAUUUAUAGCGGCACCAAAAAUAAAUGAAAGAAAUUUAUACUACCUAAAUAGCCAUUCUUUGCCGAGUUUGGUUCUUCUUCAGGCAGCCGGAAGAGAAGCACAUUUAAAGCCCGGCAUCCUGGCAUGUGUAUGGUACCCUGAGAUCUUGCCGUACAUUCCCAUCUGAGUAAUUUUUUUUCAAUUCAAGUAUUUUUCAGACUUUUUUUUUCAGUCAUUUUUCAGUCAUUUUAUCAUGCGGUUCGCCACCUACUCUAACUCAACAGUCCUUGUCGAUAAUGUACGCGAAGGCUUCUAAGGUGCACUGUUUCUUAACUUUUUUGUGAUUUCCAUGCCACAGGAGGCUUUUCCACAAGCAGAAAACUGACGUUGCCUACUGCAAACUUCUAAACAGGCACUGCUUUUUAAGACCCCUUAUAGACUAAUUUCGUCUGCCUCUGUGUUUCUUUUGCAGGAAUGUCGAGGAGACGGCUGCACUGAUUACAAAAGGUGGGAGCAACGAGGCUGUCUCUGAACUCCAGCGCCGUUUUCAUGCCGACUAUGAGAUUCUGAAAACCCAGUGGGACAGUCGCAUCAGUGAACUGAAGGAACUGCAACGUCGAAACUACAGAUCAUUCGUGAUGUCUGUGGAGGAGCAGUUGCCCCAGUCGGUGCCGCGCACAUCGCCCUCCGAUGCUGUUCGUCGCGGCAGUGCUCCCAGGUUUUAAACUAUGGUCAAAUUCUACCUACAAAUUCUACCUGCAACACAAUUCUAUCACAAUUCAGCUACCCCAGGAUGCCGGCUUUCGAAUGAACUUUUUUAGGUUGCAUGCAGGAAUUAUACUCUGUAAGAAAUGUCUACUUAAGUAGCAUGCAUGUUUCUCGUCGACUUUCGGUGCUCUUAAAAGUCCAAUUAUUUUUCGUUGAAAACAUGCACAAAAUAUUCAUUUUUCUGCUCAUUCGGUUGAAAACUAGGUCUUCUUCUAAUUUUAUACUCGAAGGAGGGACAUAAUUCGGUUUUAAAAAAGUUUCUAUUUGUGGGACUUUUAAAUACUUUUAAAUCGUCAUGCCUCUUCAUUUACCACUGUGGCUUCUAAAGGUAACAAUAUGGAUCAAAUCCACUGCUAAAUUUUAUGAACCCCAUAUGGUCUUAUUCUAAUACCAUAGAGAAACGUAUGGUUUUCCGUACGCGGAAAAUAUACGACCUGUAGUUUGGAAACCCUGAAUUCAAGUGUGACGCUAGAGCGGGUUCAAAAUUAUUCGGGAAUUGGAUAGUUUUUGAAAACCAAAUUAUACCCUUCCUUCAAGCAUAACAUUAGAAGAAAACGUAAUUAUCUACCGAAGGGGCAAAAGAAUGAAUAUUUUUAUGCAUGUUUUCCGUGAAAUAUAGUUGAACUUUUAGAGGCAUCGAAAAUCAAUGAGAAAAACGCAUGCUACUUAAGUAAUCACUUUUUACAGAGUGUAGUUUUUGCAUACAGUCGGAAGGAAGUUCAUUCGAAAGCCGGCAUCCUGAGGUAACUGAAUUAUUAUAGAAUUAUGUUGCAGGCUGACUAGUUUUACAACCCUACUUAAUUAAUCUUUUCGAAACGAAAACGCAUUUCGCAAUUUCGUUGGCAUUUCAUGAGUUAACGCACCUACUGUAGUUGCAUAGGACUAGACACAUCCCGACUUUUUGACUUCUCGGCCCAAGUAAUUUAUCAGUAAUGUGGUGGGGAUCACAGACAAACAGACAGUCGCUUCCUAUGCCACAAAGCAACAAAGUGAAAGAGGACGUGGUUAGACCGGCAAAGAUAGAGAACGAAGACAGUUUUAUGCCUGCUCGUGCAUCAGCCUCGAAUUGCAGCCACGUUAGGAAGAAGGCGCCUGAUCGAGCACUUUUAUUUUUUCUGAGCUUUCCAACUUGUGCAGGAAUCCACCAUCAGCGCUGACGCCAGCAACAGAGCAAGUGACAGUUACAGGGGGUCACUAGCAAAUAAAUGACCAGCGCUGUAGGUGACUUCACGGGCCUUGAUCAGACAUUUUCUCGCACCAGUUCGACUGUCGUGAGAGACGAUGUCCGCCAUGUACUCCUCAACAGGGUGAGAGCAGAGACGGUGACUUGCACAGCAUCAACCUCACACUCCUCUUCUCCCAUCUAUGCCCGGUGCCAAGACGUAGUCAGGAAAGCCAGGGGUGGGAGAGGCCGCAGGUGGCUGGCGCGGUCGGAGCCGCCCCUGGGCGUGCACCACACCCGACUCGAAUCCCUCUAGAUGGGAGUGCCGUAGGGGUCACAUUAGGAAGGAGUCAUUGCAGCCCGACCCUCAUUCCCCACCAGUCUGCCACUACACACGUUGGGCUGACUGCGAGGUCCGAGUUCUCCCCUCAGUUGGCAACUUUCCAAGCCCCUGCCAUUAGUGCACCGCGAUAGCUUCAAGCGUGCUAAAUAGUUUUUAGUGAGGAAAGUCCGCUGAGACGUUGACCUCACUUUCUCUGCUUACUCUCAGGCACCAGUCAACUGUCCGAGCCGGUCAGAUGUCCGAUGCCAGAAGUAGGUGUAGUUGCUGACAGGGCUAAAGGUCCCAUUUGCACACGACAUGCACGACGUGGGCCCCCAAACGCGCACACUAGGACUACACUAAAGGGAUGGAACGUUCGGAUCUCACAUGCAGCAGAGGAGCCACACGCAGAAAGGAGCCGAAAAACACACUCCCUACUCCCAGUCUGUGUGACGGAUCCGCAAGUGACCGACCAAGCUGGUGUGUGUGAUGUGCAUAAGCGGUAGCAGUGAAAGCGGAGUAGGUUAGAAGCCGUAGAAUCGGCUAGGGUGGUGAGACUAUUAGCCGUAUCGUGCUGGUGGACAGUGAGUUGUCACUGCUGGAUAUGGGAGCGUUGUCGGGCACGCAGGGUGUGUUUGGAGCACCGAUACUGCGGUGAACUCUGCUUUCGUGAAGGCGCAUGUGACCGAAUAGACCCACGUGUUGAACAAAUGCACGUAUGCAAUACGGGCAGUGGAGGCGGGUGCGACGGGUGUAUGUCGGGGCUUCGGUCACUGGUGCGCCGGUCACAGUUCAAAGGAUUCGCAAGUGGCCGGCCAGGCCGAUGCGUAAGCUGGAUGUACGAUCAUAACGCGGACAGGUUGGGACCGAGUCCGUAUUGAUAGUGUCGAGAGCGGUGGCGGCUAGACAGAGCCCGUUAAUGGACGCUAGGCGUCGUCAACACCCGUAAGAAACAAGUGAUUCAACCUGCUACGAAUUUCACGUGGAUCCGGAGCUGGACACCCCUACACCCCAUUGGCCUAGUAGCAAGCUGGGGAAGCCGCCCCCACUCCACCGACAUUGAAAUCACUGGCAGCCUCUCCGGUUGGCUAGUCCAUCCUCCCAAUUGGCGCCAGGAUGCGACCUCUGUUAAUUUUUUAGUUCGAUAUUCCCAUCGUUCUAUGCGUGCACAGAGAUCUUUAUACAGGCCAGAGAAUUUCGUUUCACAAAUGAAACUUAUAAUAUAGUUCGCACCUUUAAAGCAAUUGGCAGUCGUUUUUUGGUGCUGCAGGCUACGGGAAUGCAAGUUCAUGCAGUUAGAAAACUUUCCUCUCGGGAUGGACUCUGGCCGCCGGUCCCCAGAUGUACUGCUUCCUGGACUAACAGGCCGUGUAGAUUCGCAUGUCCACAGUCUAUAAAGUCAGAGACUGGUUGACUGGUCUCCUUCUUGCCUUAGGUCUUUUUUUACCGUUCCCUGUCUGAUGACGCAUGCCCCAGGGGUCGUUAUACACUUUAUCUCAGUUUAUCCGGUUGUCAGUAAGUACUCCUUUGAUCGUUGCGCUAAUUCGUGUAUUUUCGGAAGGAGCCUAUUUAAUCAUGUGAGGCAUGGUGUCAGAGAUGUGUAAAUCGAAGGGGCUUUGAAACAGUCAGGACUUGUUAACGUCAAAAGUUUUUAAGUGAGGGGUUUGAUUUCUUCGAGGCGGUCAAAGUGGAAAGUGCAAAGUUGCCCACCGAGACAAUGCCUGUUCUUCUUGUGAGUAUAGAUCCCAGUUCCAAAUUGCCUUGCCUGGGCAUCCUCAGCAUGCACUUCCACGCGACCAUCACAAAAUCCCAAAACCAAAAGUCACGACAACAGUGGACCGGGCGUUCGAUGUAACUGUUGAGAAACCCCGGUCCACGCAUUCUGCUCAAAUCCAGCACUCGCCUAGCUUCGCCAUCUACCACAACUGCUUUUGCAGACCUUUCCAAUCUGCUCGAUGUCCAAAUCUAAUUCCACCAGUCCGUAACGAUAGUCCUGCCUGCCAAAUAACACUACCAACCACCAAUGCUCUUCACUUUUACCAACAAGCACAAACAGAUGAAGAUGGCCAUUGCCUAUUAAAGCAGGCAAACUACCAUAAAUCCAAAGUUAGUAGAGCAGUCCAAGAAAUAAUUAGUUUUCAGGUAGGGUGUGAGCCAAAGGACUAUGAGUUACUGUAGCUGAGUCAGAUGUAAGGCAUAAGUUAGUUCUUAGCGCAGAUCUACCUUGAUCCUCCAAAUGCUAGGUGCCCCAGGCAACACGAUCUCUGAGCUAUUUGGGCGCGAAUAAUGGUUUGAAGUUGUUUUGGAGCCGAGGGGACGUUCGCCGUCUAACAAGUGUUAUUUCUGACGAAUGUGAAGGGGAUUUUACUUGCCGACUUUAAGAACUAAUUAAGCAUCUGCUCAGCUGACCUGGAUACGAAUUACCAUUCUCAUCGUCUAGUAUACUUCUCCCACAAGCAUACAUAUGUGGAUUCGCAGGCAUUGUUGUACGUUCCGUGAACAAACAGGGCCCACUUGACCGUGGCGACCAUCAUAUGACUCAGGUAGACGCCUAUGUUAUACUGCGACAGUUGAGAAGCUGUCAGGAAAUCUGUCGAUGUCGGUAAAUUAUUUCUUUUCCAUGACGUACGUCUUCUUUAGUUUCACGUGAGUCGGGAUGUCCUUCACAUGAACUUCUUAAGAACGCAUAGCUUUACAAUUAUCCUUCAAAAUUUGUGUUUUCCUCGGCGUCUUCUUCAGCUCGAGGGAUAAACGUCCGGGUGCCACCCCGCCGCGAACUUCGAGGGAGCCAACGAAACCCUCACAACACCUGUCUACCAUUCAUGCCCAAUCUUCUCCCCACGAGCCACGGUCCGAGAGCUUUAUGGUCGAACUGGGACGGCAACUUCGCACUUCUUAUAACCUAAAACUCAUUCAAGCCGAUCCCCUGAAUCUCAUCACAAUUGUGGGUUCAGGGCUUUCCGGGCCCCCCGAAAGGUAAUUUAGGUCUUAAAAGCAAAUUCACCUUCGUGUGUGCUCUAGUCCCUUCGAGCUUAAUCUUUAGGAAGUCUGCUUGAAUUCUAACCCCACAGUUUCCCGUGACGCUGCAGUAGAAACGUUGUAGGCCGUAAACUUAACAGCUGACCUUGGUUUAGAAGUCGCAACAACCUCGAUAGUUCGACCGUCGUUGUCGUCGAUAUCUACCGUGUGCUUCACAGCAAGAUGGUGACUUUUGCGUGAAUUAGUUUAUAGUGAAUGUGGACUUGCACAGUAUCCACCUGCCAACCUACUGCUUUCGUGACAUGACCAUUUUGCCUUGUCUGUAUAUUGCAAGCAUAAUAUCUACUUAAACAUACACAGUAGCUGCAGUAUUUAACUUUGAUCUUUGUAGCACCGUUUCGCCGACCACGCGAACCGCUAACCUUGCUGAACGACUGAGCAGCGCACUGACAAUCUAUUCCAACCAACUGACCGGAUUAAUUAUUCUCGUAAAUAGCCAGUUCUUCCAGUCUCGGGAUCAGAGACGUAAGCAUUCACUCUCAGUAUAAAAACUCGCCAUGUGUAUUGCAUUGCAUUUUCGAUUUCCUGCAUGAACUGUUAAUAGCACCCUCUUCACCAAGUCUAAUCGACUGCAGUUAGUUUUCCUCUUCCGACAAUUUUUCUCAAAUCUGUUCUACCACCUAUGAGGUAUCUAUUAUAAUGAUCCUGCUAGACCGUCAUACUUGACGAUAACCAUCUCUUGGAAGUUUUGCUACCAAAAUAAUCGACUUUAGUGCUGUCGCACAUUAGGCGAGACAGACUUGAGACAAGUUCAUUGACAUUCCGUAAACUUGCCGGGCGUUCUGAUUUAGUUUCGUUUAACGGUCGAAGCGGUUACCAGGGUGUUGCCACCGCGCAUAACGCAGCUUUGGGGAGCGACAGAUGAGAGCUUGGCUUUAGGUGGGGUCCUAAUCGAAGGAGUAUCCCGUUCUACUGGGUGCAACUCUCAGUUCACCCCAAAAUGGCCACUUUCCGGGACACCUUCCUGGUUCACCUUGCUUAAAUGCGCCAGUGUGCACAAACAAGGAAGUAAUAGGCGAUUAAUACUUGGACCUGGCUUAUUCUGGCGCGGUAACAUCCACCCGAACAACGGAAGGCGUAAUUAUGUAGCCUCGGUAUAUUACGUAACAUUAAGAUUUUGACCAAAUGAACAAUCAAUUGUGUCGACGCCGCCCUUUUAUAGUUUCCUCGGAACUUAACGCACAGACUUGGAGGGAAUCUCUCCGAACAAAGUUUUUAGGCUUGCUCCGAAAGUUCAUAUGAAUAUUUGAGCUGAAGUCCAACGGCUACUGCGGAGUAACGGCGUGGUAUUCACAAACCGCCAAUAGGCAAUCAGUAGUAUAUAAAUACUGGAUAGUUUACCUUACUGACCACACAAGAACUGGACACGCGCGUUCCGCUCAUAUUAGACAAUGCUCCACAGGCAACUAGCGCUAAUUUCCGGACACAGUCAUUGUUUCAUGUGAUGGGUAUUGGACAGAGGCUUCACGCCAUACCAUGCCUGAUAUCGUCAUCCCCAGCCGGUAACCCUGAAUCCCCCAGCAUAUAGGAGCUCCGGUCGAGCUGACAAUUUCCCUGCCACGAACAGUCAAGUGCACCUUUAAGCUAUCACGACAAUCCUCCUGGCGUUUCACUUAUGUCUGAUUCUGAACAAAUGGACUCUUUGAAACCGGCUCUGUUUCGCUUGUCAAUCCUACGAGAUCCCAUCUUCAAAACGAGUUACUUCGUCUGUUUGAAGACAGCGGCGGUCACUUCUGUGUCUCUAUUAUUGUUUACUGGCCGAAAUGUUAGUAAGGAAUCCACCAAACUAACAGGAGGUUCCGGCCGUUAAAGAAGGAAUUCUAACUGGGUGAAGGUGUGAGCCGUCGGUUGAAUUGAUGCUUACGUGGAACCUACCGGUUGUGCUGAGUAUUUCGGCGACAGAAAGUAACAGGGCAUCGAAAAUGAGCAUCAGAAGUGCGAAAAACUGCCUGUAGGCUACUGCUGCGCAUAACGAGAGAGCAUCAGUCGACGAAGCUGUCACGCAGAUAAGAGCUUGUUCAGGGCAGUGCUACGACAAACGAAAUGACUUAGUGGGCGUUGUGAUAAUGUGCAACUGCGUGAUGCGUAAAAACAGAGCGCUGAUAUACAGUGUGUAUUCAGCUGAAACCACCGACUCAUAUUCGAGGCCCCACCGAUGAACAGAGGCGCAGUGGCUAGCUGAGGCGUUGGCCUCAGACGCACUAAUGCCAGUGCGCUCCCUGUUCAAGGUCGCUGUUUUGCUGGCCAAUCAAGUCAUCGCCACAUUUGUGUUACCCGUCUGCCAGGAAUGUUCCCCUGCUUGGUCUGCUGUCAGGCGCAUAUGACCACGGGUGACGGACUGUUAGCUUUGGCGACAGAGGUUUUCGGGGUCACACUCCUUGCAUUUAACGUGUUCUUGCGCGCGGAGACGUGGUUUGGUGGAAUUAGAUUAUUUCAAGAAAUAACAGACACGGACAAGAGAACUGGAAUGUUUGCGUCGUCAGCGAGUAGUGAGCCGGAGUCCAGUUGGUCAUUGCACUUGGCACUGCCAGCUGAACCAUCCCGUCGUCCGGGUUCGUCCAAAUUGAAUCACACAAGAGCGGCGUUCUUUGAUCUGGGUCCGAUUCGCUGGAUCAAGUGUGUGCGUUCCGUUUUGUUCAUCUAUGUCAACCCAGCUCUCGAGUCUUUCCUCCCCCCCCCCCCUCGAGUUGGGGGCGGGGCUGGGUGAUGGUAGUUAGCAAGUCAGAAACGGCAAUUCCCGUCUCCUUCGUCUGUCAGUAGGGUUCCUCUAUUCUUGCUUGAUCAUCCCUAUGCGCUGGCCGACAAGAACCUUAAAGUGGGAUCCAAGACAAACCAGAGUCGUCCGAUUCCCGUCCUCCAGUCAGAAUUAGGCCAGUAAACACCAGUCCCACAGGGCAGUUUCAUUUUCACGUAGUUCACAGGAGUUUUUCCCGUUCUCGUACCAGACAGUCAGCUUUUUGUUCUUGGGAGGACUGAAGGACCGGAGGCACGUGCCUAGCAUCGGUAUCCUGUUUUGAAAAGUUCCCUCGGCUUCAGGACCCUUGAUCUCCUUGUACUUACUUGUACUUGCACUUGAUGUGGCGGCGAUCAUGCCUGAUUUAGCCGGCCUCGAUGAUGUCCCGAACUGUACCUCUCCACGCAUGACGAGCCGCGGCAGCAGGUCUGGACAGCUCAACCCAUUCCCCCUUCGCCAACGACGUAGAUCGAAUACCGAAGAUCCAAGAACCACCUCCAUGUCUUGACGAACUGUGUCGAGCCAGGUUUUGAAAUGAUCCCCUCUUCGACGCCUUCAAUGGGCUAACGACGCCUCAUCGAGGGCAAUAACACUGAGCUCCUAAGGUGGACAACGAAGAACAUGCCCGAACUACUUCAGCCGUCUUUCUUGGAUGGCCUGAGUUAUCCUUGCGAUGUUGUCACAGCGAGCGCGGACUGCCUCAUUUGAGACGACGUCGGUGAACUCGAAAGACGGUCUUUAAGCAGUGGUGGUCAAAUACCUCCAGUUUUCGCCCGUCCUCCACGCGCAAAGUCCAGCAUUCAGAACCGUAGAGAAGGACAGACUGGACAGAUGCACGAAACACGCGAAUCUUAGUGGCGAUGGAGAGGUCACUUCGGAUCCGUAGGCAUUUUCGAAGGCUUGAGAAAACCCAGCGGGCAGCAUCGAUUCGGGAGACAAUGUCGUCCUUACUCUGUCCAUUAGGCAGCAACCUCGCCCCGAGGUAUUUAAAACUGCCUACUUCUGUAGGUUGACAGCCAUCGAUCCCGAGAAGUACCUUCUCCUGGUCAGGGAUGCAGCUUGAAGACCUCAUGAAAUAUAUGUCCCCCUUGAUGCCCUCCCCUAGUAAUUACCGAUAAUGCCAAAUGGAGACCAGCAGGACAUUUUUUCAAUCACCUUGAUGCAUUCUGCAGUUCAACCCGGUCUAUCCUCUCGCCUACCACUCAUCACACGCACACCCUUAGUCUGUAUGGUGUGUUUAUGUGCGCCAGCACACGUGUGUGUGUGUGUAAACCUGUGCCUUCUCCGUCGUCCUUAUCACGACGCGCGUGUUUAUUUGGUUUUGCCAGGGCUUGCCGAAAUUUGCGAACGCUCGACCGACUUCCACUUUCCGGAGUACGACCAUCAGUUGGCCGAGAUUCAGGACACAAUUAAUCAUCUCUUGGCCGCCGGUGUCCGCAGCGGUGAAUCCAGUGCUGGCGAAGAACGACCCGCAGCAGACCAGGGUUAG